AUGUUGAAAUCAAGUUUAUCCUCAAAUAAUAAACCUGAAUUGAAUAAAUCUGGUAUUGAUAUUGAUAAUGAUAAACAAAAGAAUGAAACGGCUGAAGGUAGUACAAAUUCUGGUAAAGAUAAUAGUCAACCUAAUCAACCUAGUCAACCUAGUCAACCUAGUCAACCUAUAUCUAGAUUAACCACUCCAGUUGAUGAAGAUUGGUCAAUCAUUUCAUCAUCUUCAGAUCUUGAUAUUGAUGAUGAACAAUCAACUACUAGUUCCCAAGAUUAUCCUCAAUUAAUAAUUAACAACUCAACCGAUUUAUCUAUUUUAAAAGUACCUGAACAACAUAUACCUCAAACAUCAUCAGAAACUCCUACUACUACUACUACUACUACUAAACAACAUCACCAAGAGAGGAACUCCAAUCUUGAAAAUUCCCAAACUACAAUAUCCACACCAUCAGAAUCAGAAUCAGAUUUGGAAUUGGAAUUGGAAUUGGAAUCAGAUUCAAAUUCUAUUUUAAGUGGUGGGAGCAACAACAACAACAGUAACAACAAUGAUAAUUCUCUUAAUGUUGGUUCUAAGAUCCGGUUUUUCGAAAAUUUAACUCAAUUAAAUGAUUCAAUAAAACAAAAAUCAAAUCAAUUUUAUUAUGAUUUUGCCAAGAUUCAUUUAGAUAAUUAUAUUGAUGAUCAACAAUAUCGACAAGAAGAAGAAGAAGAAGAAGAAGAAGAAGAAGGAUUAGAAGAGAAUUUGGAUGAUACUAUUGAAUUAUUUUCUAAUGUUGAAUCGGUAUCCAAUAAAAAAAAUGCCAAUGAUGUUAUUGAUUCAUCUUUGUCUACAACCAAAAGUAUUCAAGUUAAUGAUUUAAUACUGAAACACGACAACAACAACAACAACAAUAGUACUAUUGUUGUUGUAAACAAAUCAAAACCAAUAUUGGUUCGUGCAGUUCAAAAAUUACAAAUUUUUUUAGAUCAUCAUUCCGAUUAUCUUUAUUAUUACAUGAUGGCAGCCAUAGUACUUGGUAUUAUUCCAGUAAUUUAUAGUGUCAAGUAUAUUUUAGUUCCUAAACAAGUUGUUGAUAAACCCCCCAUGACUACUUUUGAUAAAUUGAAUCAAAUUUGGAAUCAUUUAUUAUAUGAAGAAGAACAAGACAUAAUUACCAAGAAAAGUAUAUUCUUCCUUGGUGGUUAUAGUGGUGGUGGUAGUGGUGGUGGUGGUGUUAGUAGUACUAUUGGAAAGCAUAAAACUAAUAAAUUAAUCAAAUUUAUUAAUACAUUGAAGUAUAAUUUAGAUGAUAAAGUUUUCCCACAAUAUUAUUUUAUGGUUAAUAAAAUGAAUCAUUAUGGUGAUAAAUUUUGGAAACAAUCUCAAGAUUUAGGAUCAUUAAGUUAUAUCAAGUUGAAGUUAUGGAGUGAUCAAAGUAUUGUUAUUUUCAAUAAAUAUUCAAUUAUUGGAUUAAAUAAAUUUGAUCAUUAUAAUCAAAUUGGAUUAAAUAACUUUAUUAAAUAUCGACAAAUGGGGUUGGACAAUUUAAAGAAAUUUUAUAAUAAUGCUGGUAUUUUCAGUAAAAAAUAUCGUCAUAAUAUAAUUAUGGGAUCAUCUCGUAUAUUGGAAAAUAUAAUUUUUCAAAGUAAACAAUUAAAGAGUUUAAUAUCAAAUGUAUUAAAUGUAUCAAAUGUUUUCAAUGUUUUCAAUAAUAAAUCUUUUAAUGAUUUGAAAGAAAUUACUUUCCAACAAUGGAACCAAUUGAUAAAUACUUAUAAUAUUCAAGUUUCUGCUGCUUCUGCUUCUGCUUCUGCUGCUGCUUCUACUGUUGUUUCUACUGCUUCCAAAUUCAAAUCAAGAUUGGAUAAAAAUGCCAUUUAUAUUUAUAAAUUUGGUAAGAACUUGGCCGAUUCUAUUAAAACGGAAUUAGAAUUAACUAGUUCUUAA